ACGCCUGGAGCAAGAAGAUGGAAGUUGCGAAUCGAGUUGACCGAUUAUCAACGGUUUUUCAUAAUUUGAUCCUGAAAAUAUGCACAACGGUUAAGAGUGAAUGUUUGCUUCAUCAAUCCAUGUGUUUCACGCAGAUAUCAGACUUCGAUUUCGAUUGAUUUCAAUUAAAGGAGAUGGAGAGAGUAAUGAAUAUUAUAAAGCCCAAACCUAAUCCGCAACAGCUAUUGAGAGAUUGGCAGCGUCGGCUUCGUCAAGAGUGUCGCAAUGUCGAACGCCAAGUUCCAGAUAUACAGAGAGAAGAGAAAAGUGUACAGAAGGCGAUUAGAGAGGCUGCGAAGAGAAAUGACAUGGUAUCUGCCAAGGAAAUUGUGAGAUCUAGAAGAACAGUGAACCGUCUUCAUGAGAAUAAGACACACCUGAAUUCCAUAUCAAUGCAUCUAGGAGAAAGUGUUGCAAUUGCCCGCACAGUUGGGCAUUUGUCCAAGAGUGCUGAAGUUAUGAAGCUUGUCAAUAACCUCAUGAAGGCACCGGAAAUGGCUGUUACAAGUCAAGAGUUUGGCAAAGAAAUGACCAAGACCGGGGUGAUUGAGGAGUUUGUGAAUGAUGCUGUUGACACAGCACUGGAUUCGGAUGAUAUAGAAGAAGAGACGGAAGAAGAGGUUGACAAGGUCCUCACAGCCAUAGCUGGUGAGACUGCUGCACAACUUCCUGCAGAAGCAGUUAGGAAGGAAAGGAUGAAGCAGCUUACUCAGAAUGCUCAAACUGGAGACGAGAAAGAACCUAUAGCAGAGGGUGUUGAUGAUGAUGAAGAAGAACUUGAAGAAAUAAGGGCUCGUCUUGCUAAAGUCAGGUCAUAAGCCUUCGGCCUUUACGUAUUCAGGUUACCUUGUGUAUUUACUAUUUGGUGAAGUCUGGAGAAGUCAAAAAUCGCUCGCCAUCCUUCUCUCAUUCAAGCCUGGCAAACAACUCUUUUCGUCUUAACAAGAGUGGGCUAGGAAACGAUAUCUCCAGUAAGACGAGGAGACGAGAGCAUUAAGCCAAUAAGUCGGUCCAUCUCUAAGGGCCAGCAGUCUCCGUGGCGGAAAUUGCAGCGUCGCUGGCCAUUUUUGGUUUUGCAUAAGCUAUCAAACAUGCAAACCAAAAAUGAGGCCCCACCUUGUUCAUUUGUUGACGAAAACCAAAUUGAAUAGCUUUUACAUUUUUAUACUGACAUUCUACUUUUCUUGGCUACUCUGUUCAAGCUUCUAAACAUGCUUGUUUUACUCUGUUUUAUCCAUUCCUGGAUUAAUCAUGGGUCAACCCUAAAAAAGGGGUUGUCUUAAAAAAAUUAAAUAUCAUAUACUAUUAUUUAA